AUGCAGGCCCCACCCUGCAACCUCGCGGCUGGGCUCAGCCUGGACCACCUCCUCCCCGGCAAUCUCCGGGCCCACAGAGGGUCGUCCUCCCGGGGGGCACGGGUGCCUGUGAUCCGGAAUGGUGGCUCCAAUACCCUUAAUUUCCAGUUUCAUGACCCUGCGCCCAGGACCGUGUGCAAGGGGUACGUCCCCCAGAGGAGAGAUGCUUCCCGGCACCCAGACCCUGCUUGGUAUCAGACCUGGCCCGGUCCUGGCAGCCAGCCCUCGGGGAGCCAGAAGACCCCUGCCUCCCAGCACCCCCAGAACUGGUCAGCCACAUGGACCAGGGACAGCAAGCAUCGGGACAAGCGCUGGGUCAGAUAUGAGGGAAUUGGGCCUGUGGAUGAGAGCGGCAUGCCUAUUGCCCCCCGAUCUAGUGUUGAUAGCCCCAGGGACUGGUACCGGAGAAUGUUCCAGCAGAUUCACCGGAAAAUGCCAGACCUGCAGCUGGACUGGACCUUUGAGGAAUCACCCAAAGAGCCUCGGCAUCCAGGGCCCCAGCAAAGACCGGUGGCCAGGCCAGGCCAGGCCUCUUCUCUGACUGGAAGAAGCUGGGGCCCCUCUGAAGAGGUUCCUAGAAGCACCUUCAACUGUAAUCCUGGAGCAUCCUCCCUACACCAGACCCCAAAUCAGGUGCCCAGACGCCAAGAGAAAGCAGACAAUGUCUGGACGGAAGAUUCUUGGAACCAGUUCCUGCAAGAACUAGAGACUGGACAGAAGCCCAAGAAACCGCUGGUGGAUGAUGCUGUUGAGAAGCCCUCCCCGCCCAUUGAGGUCUUGCUGGAGAGAGAGCUGGCCAAGCUGAGCGCGGAGCUGGACAAGGACCUGCGGGCAAUUGAGACCCGGCAGCCGUCCCCCAAGAGCUCCCAAGUGCCCCGACGGUACCGGGAGCCGCGGCCCCCCGCGCGCCCGGCUCCCGCCUGGAGCUCCAGUUCCCCGAAUGCACUUUACCGGGGUUCCUCCCGGCCCCUGAGCCCCCACAGAAUGGCGGAUGGAGCAAGCCCCUUCCUAGGUCGUAGGGACUUUGUCUACCCUUCCUCGGCUCGAGACCCUAAUGCCUCUGAACGAGGGGGCAGCCCAGCCAGGAAGGAAGAGAAGAAGAGGAAGGCUGCCAGACUCAAGUUUGACUUCCAGGCACAGUCCCCCAAGGAGCUGACUCUGAAGAAGGGUGAUAUUGUCUACAUCCACAAGGAGGUGGACAAGAACUGGCUGGAGGGGGAGCACCAUGGCCGGCUAGGCAUCUUCCCUGCUAAUUAUGUGGAGGUACUGCCUGCAGAUGAGAUCCCAAAGCCCAUCAAGCCCCCAACCUACCAGGUGCUGGAGUAUGGAGAAGCUGUGGCCCAGUACAAUUUCAAGGGAGAUCUGGAGGUGGAGCUGUCCUUCCGCAAGGGGGAGCGCGUCUGCCUGAUCCGCAAGGUGAAUGAGAACUGGUACGAGGGGCGCAUCUCGGGCACGGGGCGCCAGGGCAUCUUCCCCGCCAGCUACGUGCAGGUGUACCGCGAGCCCCGGCUCCGCAUCUGUGACGACGGCCCUCAGCUCCCUGCAUCUCCCCGCCUGACCACUGCCCGGCUGGCUCGUCACUCCAGCUCCCCGUUAAUGCCACACAGCCCAGUGGAUCCCACCGACUGGGGGAGCCGGACCUUCCCCCGCCGCGCCGGCUUCUCCUUCCCCACCCAGGAGCCCAGAACCCAGACCCAGGUAGGCACCCCUGGGUCAGCUCUGUCUCAUCCUGGAGGCUCCAGCCGUCCCCUGGACCUGGGGAUGCCCCCCAACACCACUCAGAUACACUGGACCCCGUAUCGGGCCAUGUACCAGUACAGGCCCCAAAACGAGGAUGAGCUGGAGCUGCGGGAGGGGGAUCGGGUGGAUGUCAUGCAGCAGUGUGACGAUGGCUGGUUCGUGGGUGUCUCCCGAAGGACCCAGAAAUUUGGGACAUUCCCUGGAAAUUACGUAGCUCCGGUGUGAGUGGUCUCCGUGGCAACUCAGAGCCCAGCCAGGAUGCGGUGGGGAGCAGUAGCACUUAUGGGGAGAGGAUCCCCCCUCCAUCCUCCUUCCCCAAGACCUGAGCUGCUGGCAUCUGCAGACAACCCCAGCAGCCGUUCUUCAGAGCCCCCCUCAAAGCCCCCUGGACUGCUUCCCACCCACAGCUCACAAACAUUCCUCCAGCAGCCUUUUUAUUUCCUCUCCUAUCCCACUCCCCAAAUAUAGAGGUCUGCUUUGAAGUGGAGACUGUUUCCAGGCCUUAUUGAGACCAGACCCAGGAGCACCCCCACCCCCACCCCACCCGGCUAUGGCGUUUCCUCUAACAGG